AUGCUCGGAGUCUACGUCAGUGGCUCUUCAGGUGCUCACAUCAACCCAGCCGUGACGUUCGCACACUGUGUUUUCAGAGGCUUUCCAUGGCGCAAAUUCCCCGUCUAUGCUAUCUCCCAGAUCCUCGGUGCCAUGUGCGGUGCUGCAAUUGUAUAUGGGAAUUACAAAUCCGCGAUCGACGUCUUCGAGGGCGGUCCAGGUAUUCGCACUGUACCAGGAUACUCGAGCACAGCGACUGGAGGAAUCUUCUGCACCUACCCAGUAGAUUUUAUGACGAAGACAGGCCAAUUCUUCUCAGAAUUUAUCGCAAGUGCAAUAUUAAUGUUCAUGAUAUUUGCGCUCAAAGAUGAUGGCAACCUCGGCGCGGGACAUUUAAUGCCCCUGGCUCUGUUCUUCGUGAUCUUCGGCAUCGGUGCAUGUUUCGGCUGGGAGACUGGAUAUGCUAUUAAUCUAGCCCGAGAUUUCGGACCAAGACUCAUAUCCUACAUGCUUGGGUACGGACAAGAGGUGUGGAAAGCAGGAAAUUAUUAUUUUUGGGUCCCUAUGGUUGCACCAUUUUUGGGCUGUAUAUUUGGUGCCUGGAUAUAUGAUUUUUUCCUGUAUACUGGAUUAGAUAGCCCGGUCAACACUCCUUGGAUGGGAAUUAAGCGACUAUUUGGGCCUCUGCAUAGAAGGAGUGUGGCCCUCCAAAGUCCGGUUUGA